AUGUCGCCGAUCGUAAUGGAAUCUCCUGCGUUGAACAUGCAUCAUCCUGCGCUUUCUACCCUCUCCCGGAUACAGCAGCAGUUCUCGCCCAGCACAGCCCCAGAACAUGCUGCAGUACAACGCGACUCUUUGUCUAACUCACCGGUCCAUGCCGGGUCCGUUCAGCAGAAGAUAAACCCAAGCGACUUCACUUUUGAGCAACUUUUGCAGUCUAGGGAGCGGCCUCAACCUGUUGUAGAAGACCAACCAACGUCGACACCGAGCGCGCCCCAACAGCAGGCGCCCCAACAGCAGCAGCGUACUGGCUGCACUAAUUGCGGAGUCGUUGACACGCCCCUGUGGCGACGCGACACCGAGGGCAAAACCAUCUGCAAUGCUUGUGUGCAGUCACAGCCUCUACCUCAAAUCACGCAAAGUCGCACGUCCCCAUCCCUGGCUCGCACGCCAACGCCCACUGCGACAGCUGCAGCCCCCGUUCGCCAACCCCCAAACGGAAGUGGGGACACAGAUAUGUCCAAUCCAAAUCAGGCAUCUUUGGUCGUACCAGCGACAUCUCCUAGCCAACUACAAUCGUCAAAGAAUCAGGAAACGUUGUCAUCAUCUCAACCUGAGAGCUCUGGGCAGCCUCAGCCAAAACCCUCUUCGAAAAAUUCGUCCCCCGCUAAGUCCAUAUCUGCUUCAGGUGCACACAACAUUUCUAUUGGAGGCACGUGUCCAGGUGACGGACGAUGUGAUGGCACUGGAGGAUCUAGUGCUUGUGCCGGGUGUCCUACACUCAACAAUGCACUCGCCAUAUCCGGAAGAUUAGAGAUGACGGCCCCUGCAGACGAAUCGUCACCGUCUGCGCCUGCGCGAGGUGUAACUCCCACCGGUGAUGCGCCGUCACCCGGUGUCGAUACCGAAAGCCCAGCGUCAGGGCCUGCGAAGAAAGUCAAGCCUACUGUUGGAGCGCUCAGUUGUGCUAACUGUGGUACAAGUACAACACCAUUGUGGAGAAGAGAUGAUGUUGGUAACAACAUCUGCAAUGCUUGUGGUCUUUACUUCAAGCUUCAUGGCACGCAUCGUCCCAACUCCAUGAAGAAGACUGUCAUCAAGCGACGGAAACGUGUCCCAGCAGCCGCAGGGAUGUCGUCGGGGCGUAUGUCAGAUCAGGCUGCGGCCGAGGCACUUGUCUCAGUCGGCCGUCUUGGUAGCCAACACGCGAACACCGAGGAGAGUGAUGGCGAGAUAGAAGAGCCUCAACCUCGCCGGAAGCGAGCACGGCGUGGAAAGAGCGAUCGGGAGAAGGGCCGUUUGCGCGAAAAGGAUGAUGAUGAAGAUAUGGGGGAGGCAGAAGAGGAACAAGAACCUGUCAGUCGGCGGAAGAAUGAGCGGACUACGCGGAAAGCGUCGCGCGACUCGCACGGUUCCGCAUGGGCAGAAGGCACGAGCAUACAACAGAUUGCAGAGGCUUUGAGCGGUGUCACCGGUGAUCGCGCCCAUUCAUUACCGCGCAGUUCCGAUAUGGAACGCUUCGCACAUGCUCACCAUCUUGCACGCACUGGAUCGGGCCAUGGCGCAUUCAUGGCAGCGCCCCAUGCUGGAUUCGAUCUCCCUCCUCUUAACGCCGCUCUUGGUGAACGAUUUGGCGGCUACGGACCCCCUGGUCUCUUGGGUAAUCGUGAUUUCGGUGGAACGCCGUCUAGCUACAUGCGCUCUGGUUCCAAUGCGCCAAGCAGGACGCAUUCGCCGUUAAACCCUGGUCUUUCUGCUCCUGGUUCGGGGUACGUCUUACCGCCACCUCAUGGCAUGGGUCAUGGAUAUUACGGAUCCCUCGGUCAUUCGCCCCCGCCUCAUGAUGUUUUGAACGGUGUCUUGACGUCAGGUGUUCCGACUGCGAGUGAGUUGAGGCAACAUUACCUUGAACUGCACGAGCAGCGGAAACGGUUAGAGGAGAUGAUCCAAAAAACGGAUGCUUUGAUGGCUGGUGUCAAGCGAGGUCUUGACGACAUAGCGAACGUUUCCCAGCAGCAACACCAGCAGCAACAGCAACAGCACUCUCCCCAGCAUUCUCACACCUCCCCCGAACAGCCUGCGCAGCAGACUACAGUCUCAUCCACCGCGGUGCCUUUGACUCGUUCCGGCGACAAGGACAGAAUUAGAGAACCUGUUUGGCCCGUGUCGCCUGAACAGCCCCCUCGCGAAUAA